UACCCAUACAAAAAACGUAAACAUAAACAUAAACGUAAACAUAAACAUAAAAUUACCCGAAAAAAAAUGGAGGAUGAUAAAAAUAAUGGAGGAGGAGAAGUGAAGUAUAGAGGUGUAAGAAAGAGGCCAUGGGGGAAAUAUGCGGCGGAGAUUCGAGAUUCGACUAGGCAUGGUGCGAGAGUUUGGCUUGGUACGUUUAAUACUGCGGAAGAAGCGGCUAGAGCGUAUGAUCGUGCUGCAUAUACUAUGAGGGGUCAUUUGGCUAUACUUAAUUUCCCGAGUGAGUAUAAUAUGCCCCGGGCUGGGUCUUCCUCUUCUAGGGGUGGUGCUUCUUCGUCGUCGUCGAGGAAUGCUGGACAGGAUACUGGUAAAGAAGUGUUUGAAUUUGAGUAUCUUGAUAAUAACUUGCUUGAAGAGCUUCUUGGUUAUGAUGACAAUGUUAAUAAGAAUAAUUCUAGAAAAUGAUGAAGCUAAUUUAGGUGUCUUAUUCACCCUUUGGAUAAUGUAACUUCUCUUUUCCUUUUUUUAAUUCUCCCUUACUAUAUUUAUCAGUCAUUAAAUUAUUUAAAUAUGUAGAUGGAUAGCAUUUUAGAAUAAGAAACUGGGAUGUAAGGGAGGAAAAUGGUGAUGUUUUUAAAUUGUAAUCUAAUUUUUUUUUAAAAUUGAAAAAUGGCUGAUUCAUAGUAUAUAAUAUAAAAAAAUAUGAACAAACUCUUUGUCCGCC